AUGAAUUCAACGAUCCUGGGUCAAGAAGAGAUGCUCGAGCCAUAUACAGACGCUUAUAUAUUUAUUGAACAGGAUACCUGGGACUUUCAAGACGGAGAUACAUUGGCUGUUCCUCUGUAUCGUGCAUCAUUUGGUGACAGUGACCCAUCUAUUCUCCCAGUUGUCGCAUGUAUCAACCGACUCUGCUUCAUUGAAGACUGUGGCGACCCCGUGUUCCACCUCGCUCCUGAUAUCUGGGUAGGCGCGGCCAUGCAAAUUGCUCGAAAAUGCUCCAUCAUGUCCACACUGUGCCUCAGCAUGGAAGAGCCACUUGCAGAGGGGAUAAAAUCCCUUCCGGCGACUCUCAGAGACUUCAAACUCUUCCAUUUAUUCGAGUACCCUUGGAAGUAUGUGAUUCCUGGGUUUAGGCUCCUGGGGUCCGAUCACGACAUGUUGUCUCUUCACCUUCGCAACCUCAGCGUGAAUCUCAGACACUUAUACCUGGAUAUGGUAUCGCUUGCAGCUGACUUCCUGUUCCCCCUUGAUGAACAAGGUAAUCCCUUACCGGAAAGCUUUUCGCUUUACUGGCCGCAACUAGAGGCUCUCACCCUCUGUGUGCCGCCGGUUCUUCCCACGUGGGUUACUCUUCCGCUCCCCGAGCGACAAGCGGAGCUCGAUAUGAUUGAGAACUGGACAGACAUCAUACAUGACGAGGACGAGGGAAAUGGAAAGCGUGAACUGUUAGAUACUGAGCAUUUUCAGCGAGUCCUCAUCUCCCUCGGCCAUGCCGCCCGGCGGAUGCCCAAGCUGACCUCACUGAACUAUGCGAUCGAGGGCAACCCCGACUUUGACCUUCUUGUGGAAUUUCACCCCUUACGAAUGUGCACAGCUGCUCUUGUACUCUGA